AUGUCGACGCCCUCGACCGCCACGGCCACACUCCCGCCCCAUCACCAGUUUUAUUCUCACCACCAGACGUACCAGCCCAGCAUCGCCAAUGCCCAGAUCGCCAACGGCGGCGCUCGGAUAGGCAACUCGCUCUACAACGGCUACGCUAGCGCUUCCUCCAGUUCAGACCUUCGCCGAAACGCGACUGCCCACACACGACACCCGCCCCAGCUGCCGCCCAUCUCCCAGGCCCCGCCCAUCGACAUGAGCGCGAACGACCCGGGCUCCGCCCACCGGCGGCGGCACCCCGACUGGGCCGACUUCUACAGGAACGGCAUCCCGAAGGAGGUCAUUGUUAUUGACGACGACGACGACGAUGAACCCCAGCUGCCUCCGCCUCGCAACCACGCGCCCUCGUCACGCACCGCGACAAACCCGACUGCGCGCCACACAGACAAGAAGCGCAAGACGACCGCAUCCACGGCAUACGACCCCGUCUACAACCAGCACACGUCCUACUCCACCACCCAAACACCCUACUACGACUCUCCCAACCACUCACUGUCCACCGACCGCACUACCUCUGCGCUCAACACCACGGCGCCGACGUCAUUAGGCUCGCAGGUCAGCAACGGCCACCACAUCUCGCCUCUCGACAACAGCGCAGCGGGCCAGAAGCGCAAGCGCACACGCGCCGUGGUGCAGGAUGAAGCAAAGCAGGCCAAAAGACGGGAACUGGACAAUGACGACCCCUUCAGCCUGUACCAGCCGCCGCCCAACCCGGUGAUCAAGGCGAAGGACGUCUACGUACAGGUUGUCCCAGAUAAGUCGUAUACAAAGGACCAAAAGGUAGAUGACGACGACGGCCACUACAUUGUAGUACCAGAGGCCGACCUCACAGAGAGAUACCAGAUCACAAAACUGCUCGGCCAGGGCACCUUUGGCAAAGUCGUCCAAGCCUACGACAGACGGAAAGGCACAAAUUGCGCCAUCAAGGUCAUUCGAUCAGUGCCCAAAUACCGAGAUGCCAGCCGGAUCGAACUGCGGGUACUGUCAACACUGGCAUCCAACGACAAGCACAACAUCAACCGGUGCAUUCAUCUACGAGAUUGCUUCGACUUCCGAAACCACAUCUGCAUCGUCACAGAUCUCUACGGACAAAGUGUGUUUGACUUCCUCAAGUCGAACGGCUUUGUCCCAUUCCCCAGCUCUCACAUCCAGAAGUUCGCGAAACAGCUCUUCACCAGCGUUGCUUUCCUCCACGACCUCAACCUCAUCCACACCGAUCUGAAACCGGAGAACAUCCUGCUUGUCAACAACAAUUACCAGACUUUUACGUACAAUAGGACUGUACCGUCAUCGUCAACAACAGUGAACCGGACAGCGCGGCAUCGCAAGGUCCUCCUUGAUCCUGAGAUCCGCCUCAUCGACUUUGGAUCAGCGACCUUCAACGAUGAAUACCACUCCUCGGUAGUCUCGACUCGACACUACCGAGCACCUGAGAUUAUUCUCAACUUGGGCUGGAGUUUCCCUUGCGAUAUCUGGAGUAUAGGAUGUAUCCUGGUCGAAUUCUUUACUGGCGACGCCCUCUUCCAAACGCAUGACAACCUCGAGCAUCUGGCGAUGAUGGAGGCUGUCUGCAGUGGCAAGAUUGAUCGAGAUAUUGUGCGAGCGGUCUACAAGCAAGACCGCGGUUCAUCACGCAACUCAUCGAGCUCUGCUGCACGAUACUUCAAGAACUACAAGCUCGACUACCCCAACGCAGACACGAACAAAGCCUCGAAGAAAUACGUCAAGGCGAUGAAGAAGCUUCCCGAAACAAUACCAGCCCACACCGAUUUCAACCGUCAAUUCCUCGACCUCCUCCGGCGGAUAUUCGUCUACGACCCCAAGAAACGGAUAACAGCCAAGGAAGCACUGCAACACCCCUGGUUCAAAGAGUCCCUCAUGGACGACGGAACGGAAGCGCACAAGAUCCGUCUAGAGCGGGAGAAGAAGGCCCGCCGCCAGGAAGAAGAGCGGAGGUUCCGUGAUCAACAAUCGCGAGCGUAUUGA